AAUCAAACGGGGCCUUAGUAUUAAGAAAAACAAACUACUGUUUGCUGGUGAACAAUUCGGUUGAUGCUCAAUCGAAAAUAAUAAAUUGCCGGCUAACAAUUCCGGUAGCGUUGCCUUAGUUCUUUCUUUUAGGGUGGUGGCGGGUUUGGAGGAUGAAAACGGCGGGCUUGUGGGUCUGGACUCUGUUCGGCUGCGAUAUUUGGAUAAUUGUGUGGGCUGGGCUGUGGGUUAUAGUAUAUCUAUGAUUGAAGCUGUGUGUGUUUGUACUUUGUAGGAGAACAGCAGCAAUUGACGAAGGCUAAGAAGAAUGGAUCCUGAGAAAAGAAAAGAGGAAUUUUACGUGUCGAAAGAUGUUAUGGUGGACAUCCUUUCAAGACUCCCUGUGAUAUCCCUUCUCCGAUUCAAGUCUGUAUGUACCCGAUGGCGCGACAUAAUCUCAUCCCCUUCCUUCGCCUCUCUGCACCUCAAGUGCUCUCUUUCCAAUCCCACAAGGCACUCCAUCCUUGUUCGUACGAAUUCCAAAAAAAUGUUAAUUCCCUUCGAUCCCUUGACCUAUUCUCCGUUCUCUAACUUGGAUAUUUAUUGUAAUCUUGGCUCUUUUGGCCAAAGAGUAUUGUUUGUAGGCUCAAUUAAUGGCCUCCUUUGUAUAUGUGGGAGCUCAGGUAGAUGGAUUUGUCUAUGGAAUCCUUCCACCCGGCUGUUCAAGAAAAUUGAAACUGGUAUAAAUGGGCGUUCAAGUGAUUUUUCUGUAGGAUUUGGUCAUGAUCUCAUUGCUAAUGAUUACAAGGUAGUAGUAAUUCAUAGAAGACGGAGGGUAACGAGAACUGGGGUCAAGGUGUGGUCUGCCAAUUUCGAGUCUUGGAGAGAGAUUAAAGUUGAUUGCGAUUUUACCUUCAAGCAGUGUGUUUGUGAUACAAUGGUGAAGGGAUUUGCUUAUUGGAUUGUCUGGAAUGGGCUUGGAAGUAACAGCAAAAUCCUAGUUGCUUCAUUUGACAUGAGCACUGAGGUACUGAGGCUGGUUCCUGUUCCCCAAGAUUAUUAUCAUCCCGAUCGUUUGUAUGGAUUAAUUUGGAAGGAAAAGUUUGCUUUGGCAGCAUUUGAUCGCACGAAAAUAUGUCAAGUGUGGACAAUUGAAAAUGAUAGUGUUGGGAAAGAAUCUUGGAGCAAAAAAUUCACCUUUAAACUCGACUUUGGGUUUAAUUUUUACACCAUAGACGCUGGAAACGGAAAACUUUUAUAUAAUAGAGAAAGUCGGGGACUGGUGUUUUACGACCUAGAAACCACGAAAAUGAAGACAGUUGAAAUUCGGAAAAAUAAUUAUUUGGCGUCUGGGGCUCACUACUAUGUGGAAAGUUUACUCUCAAUCAAGGGGUUUAAACGCCUUAGAGAAAAUACUAAGAAGAUGAAGCGACCAACAAUCUCACAUACUUUUUGAAAUUCUUAGAUCUUAACUAAGUUAUUGUUGGGUUUUGUCGCGAGAUAGUUUUAAUAUUUAUUCAAGACAUGUUGCUGUUGAAUGCUAGUCUAUUUACUUCUUCAUUUGUGUCUAUGGAAUUCUACAUUACAUGUAUUUCUGGUUCUUUUAUUUUUA